AGCAGUACACUGUUACACUUCUAUUGCAAUGUAUUCAACUUUCAUUAUUAUUACCUAACCUAACCUAACCUUACAAAAAUUUCUAAAUUUUCAUUUUACCUAUUGAUUUUUCGUGAAAAUAAUAUAUUUGCAUACUUUUUCCACAGAAACUCUUCUGUCUAUGAGUCAAUCAUCAUGACUUUUCACCCACAGAUAGAUCUUGAUGAGAUCUAUCGAACAAAGUUAUCCAUAGUUCCAUAUCUGUUAGCCUUCCUGAAAUAAUGGUCAUCUUUGGUAUCCCCGGUAGCAAAUGUUUGCGCAUAAAAUAGUCAAUGUAUAGAGUUCCAUGAUGAUCGUUGAGGAGUGGCUUAUCUUACUUGUGCCCAAAGUUACUUGUAAAAGUGCACUAACAAUUCAGCUGAUAUGACUGACAUUGGGUAUUGAAGUGAAUCUUCUCAAUAUGAUAGCUGAAAAUUUGAAUCUUUUUGUACUAUACCAAAAAGAUAAAGAUGAAGCUUGGGGAGAUAUAUACGAUAAUGGAACUGCUAUUGGAACUUUGAUUUAUUUAAUGAAUGAUGAAGUUGAUGUAUUAAUUGGUGGAUACACCAAAACAUUUCAAAAAAUGCUUUUCCUUGACUGCAGCCGCUCUUUUAUACAAGAAUCUUUGAUAUGGUGUACUCCUCAUGAACCAAUACUCCUAGGACUGAAGCCUAUGAUAGAAAUAUUACCCAUAGAGGGUUGGUUGGGAAUCGCUAUAGUUUACUUCAUAACUUCUUUAAGUAUUUGGUAUUUGAGUAAAAAUAACGAAAGUGAAUUGUGUACUUACAAAAAACUGGAUAAUUGUUUUUUAUACACAUUUUUAAUGCUAAUAGGUUUUGCUGCAAAAGCUCUACCUACAUCCAACAGAAGUCGGUAUUUUACAGGUCAUUUUAUGAUAUUUAGUUUAUUUGUUAAUAUUUUAUACACUACUUUUCUCACUAGUACCAUCGCCAGUCAAAAAUUUAAGGAAAAGUACCGAUCAAUGGAAGAUAUCUACGAAAACAAAUUGAAUACUUACUUUUUACCUUUGGCAGAAAAAUAUUUUCAACCUUACUUCGAAGAUAAUGAAAAUUAUAUAGAGGGUGUACCAAUAUCUUUGAUACAAAAAAAAUGGAAUACUUGUAAGAACGCGACAAUUUGUAUGGAAGCAGUAUUAGGAGGAAAUGAUAACGCGCUUUUAACAACUGAACUAUUUAAAGAAUACCUUUUUACAAAAUAUGGACAACUGCAUAAAAGUCGAUACAAACCUUAUUGUCUCAAAAAACCAAUACUCAGUCUACCUAUAAAUAUAGUUAUGAGGAAAGGCUUUCCUCUAUUAUUUUUAUUUGUAGACUUGAUAGACAGAAUACAAAGUGCAGGCUUCAUAUCUAAAUGGGAAAAAGACAUAUUGGAACGAAGGAAGGUUAAUAUUUACAGCGACAAGGAAAAUCUUAUGGAUUACAAUACAAUUAAAUUCAAAAAUCUGGUUACGAUUUUCGAAUACAUGCUGUUUGGUAUUCUUUUUGCUAUUAUAGUGUUUAUAAUUGAAGUUGUAUUCUAUAGAAGAAUAUGUUGGUGAAUCUACAUAUUGUUAACCUUUGAAAUAUAUGUAGUCACACAUUAAUUAAUAGUUGGACAAAAAAUUGUUCCUCGAACAACCCUCUUCAUAAAUGUUAAUUAAAGAGAUGAAUAUAUAAAUUUUACUUAACCCGUACUGGCAACUAUUCCAAAUAUUUCUCCAUGUAUUGAUUCCUAUACUAUGUGAAUUGUGUUUUAGUAGAUUAAUUCAAUCCAAGGAAAUGGGCAUUUUGGACGCAAUCAGGGGUAACUUUAUGAAUUUUUUAUAUAAGUUACUGUGAAGUAUUGACAAUGUAUCUGACCAGAUUUUUAUGUGGUAAAAAUAACUAUUAGUAUUUUUUGCAACAAUCGUCAAAUUAAGAAAAAAAAAUUUCAAAUCAGAGUUGUAAAACUUUUACACAAAAAUGGUCGCUUGAAGUUUUUCACAACUGUUAUUCACGCAGUUAGGAUGGUUACAGUUUGGGAAAUGAUAAUUGCGGCUUAAAAAAAAUCAUAUUGUUGAAACAUUGUCUUUUUUAAUUUAAAAAUAAGGUGGAGUUUAGGGGGAAAAAAUCUUAAACUCAAGUUGUAGAUCUUGUAAUGUUACACAAAAAUGGUCGCUUGAAGUUUUUCACUAUUAAUAUUUGCAUAGUUAGG